AUGCCAGUAGGGCGCACUCCACCCCGUGAACGGAGUAUACCGCUAUCUACCGCGCACACAACAAAUACAAAUCAGUGUUCAACUUACUCUGAUAAAACAGAAAUAGAAACAAGAGAAACGAUGGUUAAAAUAAGAGAAUCAACAAUUCCGCUAUCGUGGAGUGAUCAAUGUAAAACACCAAUAGCGUUAACGGCUAAUCACCAUCACGUGGAGAAUCCGGUAAUAAAGACUACUUUGGCGCCCUACAACUAUCCGCAAGAGAGAGCAAUUACAUCAUGCACGACAGCAACAGGUACUCACUACUCCAUUAUCACUACAUCUGCAACAGCUCUAAGCUCAACAACAACUUCAUCCACUUCUGCUAAACCAAUCCAUGUAUCUUCAACUCUCUUUCAAACUGCAACACGCAGUGCUGAAUGUAACGCACCAACUACACUGAUCGCAUCGUCAUCAACACCAACGCACAAUACCAGAAUGCAAAUGCAAAACGAAAAAAAAAGACUUUGUGCAAUCACAGUUAAAGAGAAACUGAGAUAA